AUGAAGUUCGCCAAAGUUCUCGAACAGACCUUGAUAGAGGAUGACAUACCCGAAGAAUGGAUGGAGGCAGCCAUUCAAUACAAAGCUCUAAAAAAGUGCAUCAACAAGGUAGUCAACGAACUCAAGUUCUUGGGCCUUGAAAAAAAUACCCUCAAUAAAAUCGUUGAACUCGACGAAAAUGAUACAACUGCCUCAAACCCAAUAGUCGCUGAAUAUACCUUGACCAAGUCCAAAGACAACAGUCACGACAUUAAGCCGAUGCUAAAGAUCACCUUGGACUAUUCAAACGACCAAUACACAGAUGAUCAUAUCUAUGAGUUGGGCCAGCAAUUGAAGAAACGAAUAGAAUCUUUGCUUAAUGACGAUGCACCUCUCCAGCACUUGAAACCACCUCCACUAGAAUCAUUUAAAGCUGAUACACCAGAAGUGGAUUCAUCAGAAGAUCUGGAUACCGAAAAAAUCAUUGAAUUGAAAGAAGAAAAUGAUGAGAUCAUUGUGAUAUCACCAGCGCACAGUCGUGAAGGUUCACCACCAGCAGUUGCAAAAUCAAUCAGUGAAAAAUCAGAAGCAACAAAUAUAGAUUCUGCAUUGUCUGAGUCUACACCACCAGCAACACAUAACAGGAAGAAAAAUGAAAUUUACAUCAUGUUAAACUCAGACUCAAAAUUCUUCCAAAUGCUAGAAGGUGAACUUGAAAACCUCGAUAAAUUAAAAACGGCAGAGGAAAAGAAACUUAUCGAUGAGGUUCAAGAAUUAGGAGGAAUAGUAGCUACAUUGUCAAAUAAUGCUUCUAGAUGGAAGAAUUCUGAUAUGUACACAUGGAGAGAACUUUUUAGAAUUUAUUUGGAUUCCGAGGUGUUUUUCAAGUAUAAUGAGACCUCCUUGCUUUCAUCACAAAGGAACAGCGAACAAAUCAAGAAGAAUCUUGCACAAUUUCUAGAUAACGUUGAGAAAUCAGGAAUUCUACAGAAAUUCAAAAACCUGAAGAGCUUGGAUGCUUUCAAUCAAUUUGUGAGCAUGAAUUAUCAUCUUUUGAAAAUCUUGCAAUUUCAAUCCAUAAAUACAGAAGCAUUCAGAAAGAUCUUGAAAAAAUUCGACAAACAAACUUCACUUGGUAUUCUGCACAAGUUUCCGGAAUUAGUUUCCAAUGACCACAUUUUUAUUACAGGAACCUCUAUAGCUCAAUCCAUUUGUUACAUUCUCCAAAAUAGAGUCCUCACUUUGAUUCCACAACUAGAGGACUACACUUGCCCAAUUUGUAUGUCAAUCGCUUACAAGCCGAUCAGGUUGCAAUGUGGACACUUGUUUUGUGUGAGGUGUUUGGUCAAGUUGAAGCAACAAAAUAAGAUUAACUGUCCAAUUUGCAGAAACGAGAACGCAAUACUUAUUGCAGACGGGUCUAAUUUGGAUAUGGAUGCAAUGAAUGUAAUGGAAAAAUAUUUCCCCGUUGAAGUCAAGGAGAAAUUAAGAGAUAGGAAGAAAGAGCAG